UCAGCCUUGUUCUUGAUUAUUUUGUCGUGUGUUGCUGUGUGUAGGAUGACCGAGAAGCACUGCCUGGAGGGCCAGGUGUAUUCCGUGCCUCUCAUCCAGUCAGACCUGAGGAGAGAGGAGGCAGUCCAUCAGAUAGCAGACGCAUUGCUCUACUUGGAGACCAUCUCUACAGAUAUUUUCAGAAGGGUGUCUGACAGUGUAGAGAGGAACCGCCGUCAGCUGCAGACCGUUACUGACCGGAUCAGACUAGCUCAGGCCCGCGUCGACAAGAUCAAAGGCAGUAAGAAGGCCACCAAGGUUUUCUCCAGUGCGAAGUACCCGGCUCCAGAUCGACUUCAGGAUUACUCGUCUAUUUUUACUGAGGCUACAGACCCCUCCUCACAAAACCGCCCCCGACGAAAGAUACAGAAUAAACUUCGCCCCUUUGAUGAGAAGGCCUUGCAGGAGAAAUUAAUGUAUUUUCCAGUGUGUGUGAGCAAGAAGAAGAAGUCUGAGGAUGAGACGGAGGAGGGGCUCGGCAGUCUGCCACGCAACAUCUCAUCUGUCAGCUCACUGUUGCUCUUUAAUACUACAGAGAACCUAUAUAAGAAGUAUGUGUUCCUUGAUCCUCUGGCGGGAGCAGUGACGAAAACACACAACACGCUAGAGACGGAAAAAGCAGAGAAGCCGUUUGAUGCACCGUUGUCCAUCACGAAGAGGGAACAACUGGAUAGACAGACGGCAGAGUCUUACUUCUAUGUGCCAGACCUCGGUCAGGUGCCCGAGAUAGAUGUGCCGUCCUUCCUGCCGGACCUCCCAGGCAUUGCAGACGACCUCUCCUACAGCGCAGACCUCGGACCCGGCUUUGCCCCAUCAGGACCUACACACAACAUCCCGGAUCUGCCCUCUUUCACUGAGGAGAGCGAUGCACAUGGAUCUCAGCUCCAACCUAAUGUUCCACCUCCUCCACCACCUCCCCCUCCUCCUCCUCCUGAGCCUGCCCUCGCUCCUGCCAUUCCUGCUGGAGCCCCCCCCCCCCCCCCCCCUCCUCCUCCCCCCCCUCCUCCCGUUGACAGCCCCAGAGAAGUCUCUCGAGCGCCGAACUCAGGCCCUGCGUCUGGUGCUCCCACCGUGGUGGUUGCGCCGUCAGACGGCCGCGCUAAUCUCCUGGAGUCCAUCCGCAACGCUGGAGGCAUCGGCAAGGCCAAGCUACGCGACGUUAAAGACCGCAAGAUGGAGAAGAAAAAACAGAAGGAGCAAGAGCAAGCAGCGGGAGCAGCAGCUAGUGGUGGAGACUUUAUGUCUGAUCUCUUCAACAAACUCUCCAUGCGAAGGAAAGGCAUAUCUGGUAAAGGUCCAUCCGGUGGGGAGUCGGCUGAAACUUCAGCUGGUACCGGCGGUGCAUUUGCCAGGAUGUCUGAUGUCAUCCCACCACUUCCCGCUCCGCAUUCGACGACAGAUGAUGAUGACUGGGAAGCAUAACACGAUGGACAAUGAACACUUAAAGGGCCAGUGUGUAGAAUUUCUAGCGUGCUCCUAGCGUUAAGGUUGCAGAUCUAUCUGAAUAUCCUCUGGUGUGCCAAGCCUGUAUGAGAGCUACGGUGGCCGGGCAGGGACAUGUGAAUGGCCUCAGCUAGAGCCAGUGUUUGGUUUGUCCAUUCUGGGCUACUGUAGGAAGUACAUAGCGGAGUGAAGAGGAUGUAGAUAUAAAUGGCUUUCUAAAGUAACGGAAACAGUUGCUUUCAAAUGAUUACACAACAGUGAAGACAUAAUGUGAGACACUGGUCCUUUAAAGCACUGAUAAUGAAAGCAUUCAAUAGUUUUGCAUAAUAUUGUGUACAAAGGACAUGUUCCUCUUAUCACUUAACAAUAUUGUAAAAAGUGAUAAGUUCUCUUACUAACAAAACCUUUCAGUGUAAAAUGGCCAAUAAUUGGCUUCAUAAUGAUAGGUGCAUUGAUUUGUCUAACAGUUUAACAAAGCAUCACUAAAACUCCCAAUAAUAAAACAGUUUAUUGAUCAUCAUCGUUGUAAAACAUCAUUUCCUUAAAUUAAACAAGCGUUAUAAGAACAUCCACGGAAACCAUGGAACCAUUUUACUAACAUCUCUUAUAAAGUCAUUUUACAUAACACUUAACAUUAAAUGCUUGAAAUAUUUAACACAUUCUUCAAGAGUAAAUCAGUCAACGCCGUGUCUGAUGUCUGUAGAGUAGCUGCUGCAGUAAUUCAUCUCAACAUACAGAAUUAAAAAAUAACCGACAUGUUCCAGACUCAACUCGAAGACAUUGCAGGACUGAUGCACCCGAGUCAAUCUGAUAACUGCCCUCUGCCCUCUGUCUGCAGUGUGACUUCACUUCUCUUAACCAGAGAUGUUAGCACGCCAAAGCAGAACACAAGAACUGAAACGUAACAAACAACUAUGGUGCACUGAAAAACAGACAAACUGAACUUCAGCCAAGAGCACUUACAGGUCUGACAGCUUCAAAAUGUAAACCCAAAUAAAAGGGCUGAGGCAGUCUUGUGAUAAGUAUUACAGAUAUAGAUUUAUAAUAGAACACAUACAUUCUUUACUAAAUUUGCAAAUAACGGCCGUUGCGCUGGCUUUUCCUCGAAGUUCUUCCCAACCUCGGCCGGUUGAGCACAGUGUGAGUGACACUACACUUGCUUCUGCUUCUUCUCCAGGAAGAACUAGGACAGAAGAGUAUCCAUAACAUAUGGACAACAUAUGAAUACGUUUCAGUCAUGACGCUGUAGUUCGUUUUUGAGCGUGUUUGCUUCUCACCUUCCGUAAGGCAGCAAAGGCGGGGCCAAAAGUUGCGUGUGUGCUCGUGCGACUUUUGAUCCACGUUGGAAGUUUGGAGAGCGUAGCCGGUCGAGAGUAGCGGCGGUCACACAGCACAAUGGAGGAAUAGUCGCCACGGUGGCGGAUAGCUCUUCCUUCGGGCAGAUGAAGUCAAACACGUAUGAAUACCGAUCAUCUCACCAGCUAUGGAAUCAGAAGUUAUUGUCGAUUGUAUUGCAUGAAUGUUGCAUCGUUACCUAUGGAUUGAUUGACAGCCUUCAUGCAGAGGUUCUCUAUGAGUGCUUGUCCGGGGCUCCUCCCUCCACUGUGAGGCUAAAAAGAAAACACACUCAUGUGAGCUUGUACUUGUUUUGGCAGGUUUGUGGACACAGUGGAGACUAUUAGGACAGUUACCAGGUGUUUGUCCAGAUAGGACAUCUUUUCCUGCAGCUCUGGGGAUUUGAUGUUGGGAUACGGCAUUCCCACCAUCACCACGCACCUGUCAUCACAUGCACACCGACAAAAGAGCAUUUAGUAUCACGUGCUUUUACACAGCAUGCAACCGCCAGCUGUCUCACCGACAACACACACCUGCCCAGGUCAUCGGAGAAGUUGAUGCCCUCGCUCAUCUUUCCUCCGACGACAGAGAACAGCAACGCUCCCGUGAGCCCGCCAGCAUCCGCAGCACACCUCUAACGGAAGGAAAAGAGACACUCGUGUAACACUCGUAGAGGCAAACGCUCUCGACGGACCGAUUAUCUAUAUGUUGGUGAUGAUGUUUGAGGCAGUGACAGUUCACCUGGAUACAGCGGGAGAAGUCGCUCAGCACCUGCUCAACCUGGUUGGCUUUCUUUGGCUCCUGGAAGAUCUGAGAAAGUAAUGAGAUAGCUUAUAGACAGUCUGCAAAAAUCACUUUAACAAUGAUUCCCUUAAAAACGGCACGCCACCAUUGAGAUAAGGCGGUCGUCUCGGGUGAAAGUACCUUCUUCUUGUUGGCCAGACGAGUCAGAACACCGCUGGCCUCCCAGUGGGAAAUCAUGCGCCUCGAGUACUCGUAAGAAGGGAAGAAGCACACGACCCCGCCGGGGACCACGUUACAGAUGUUGGAGAGAAUGCGCCCCGUCUCGUCCAUCUGUCAACAGGCACAGAUUUUGCAGUGUGCUUGUGUAAACAACGCAGCUAUAGUCAACGAUAGUAAAGCAACAACUUAAUAAUAGUAUGUGUGUGUGUCUCUGUUACCAUGCGUGGAGAGUCUCUGUUUUGGAAAGUAAAAUCCAGCUCCUGACCGGAGGGACCGCUGCACAAGACGAGGGGAAGAAUGUUCUCGGGAGGAAUUACAUGACCUACAGACAAAGUGAAUUUAAUACAACAACACAAACAUAUUCUAUUAUUUUACAUGAUCAUAUUUUACUCUGACAGCAAAUAACAGCUGUAUGCAACAUAACUAGGACUUAAGAAGUUCCACAUCUUGUGAGUUUGAGGACAAAGUAGUAAUAAAUCUCUUUUUGUGUGCCAGUGCUGCAGUGUUGUUCAUGUGGCUUAUGAUACAACAUUCUUCCUAAAAUACAACCUGUGCCAUGACGGGCAGCAAAUGUUACCUCCCACUGAUACUAAUACUAAUACAGGGUUAGUGUUCGUAUACAGUGGAUACACGAUUCAUGGUUUAGUUCACAAGAUGGCAUCAUUGUUGUCAUCUCUUCUUGGGUCAGUUUUCUUAUAAUCUGUCAAUGCCGUCACUCAACUCAAAUGCCAGCUCAUGACGUGACUCUUAGCCAAUGUGCAUACAUGACCAAUAGGAAAAUUAGCACUCGUAUUAAAAAAAACGGUUGUCAUUUGAGUUUUUGUCAAGCAUUACAUUAUUCGUCAAAAAUUCCCCACGGCAGAAAUACUGAUAAACGCAUCACUAA